AUGACUGUGUGGCUCUCUACCGCUCCCACAGAACCCCUCACUCACUGGUACCAGGUGCGCUGUUUGCUGCAGUCACCUCUCUUUGCCAAGGCAGGUGAUACUAUGUCAGGCACCGCGCUUCUAAUCGCCAACAAGAGACAAAGCUAUGACAUUAGUGUUGUUGCUCAAGUAGACCAGACAGGCUCCAAGUCCAGCAAUCUACUUGAUCUCAAAAACCCCUUCUUCCGGUACACAGGCACAACACCGGCCCCUCCUCCAGGUUCACACUAUACCUCCCCCUCCGAGAACAUGUGGAAUACUGGGGGAACCUACAGCAUGAGCCAGGGCAUGGCUGUAUCGGGGAUGCCUGCAGCCUAUGACCUCAGCACUGUCAUUGGUGGCAGUGGGUCAACAGUGUCCCACAACAAUCUCAUCCCCCUUGUGAACACGGGCAUUGUGAACCACACUCACUCCAGAAUGGGCUCAAUUAUGAGCACAGGAAUCGUCCAGGGGGCCACAACUGCCCAGCAGGGUCCCAGCAGCAGCAGUUCAAAUUACCCAGUCACCAACCAGUUCACCAUGGGCGGCCCCGCUAUCUCCAUGGCAUCUCCUAUGGCCAUCCCCAGCAACACCAUGCACUAUGGGAGCUAAGGCCAAUGGACAGACUCUGCAUGUCCAGCCCCUCACCCUAACCCCCUCUUCAAAACGACCGCAGCCAAAUUCAGAAUACCAAAACAAGUGCACCAGUCUCUGCUCAUCACUUUAUCCUCUCUCUAUACAUAUAUAGAUAUACAUGUAUACGAAUAUAUAUUCUACAUUCUAUCUCUUUCUCUCACUGGUGUGUUAUUCAUACAUAUCCGUCCCGUGGCCCUAUAAUGUCAGUGCACACAGACAUUUGGCCAGUCAACAAGUCUGAGAUGUGUCACCGUUACUCUUCCCCACUACAACACACACGGCACCUGUUCCACAAGACACUAGGUAGCAGCACUUGUUUGUUAGUAUGGUGAAAAAGCACAAACCAGAGACUCGAAACGCAAUGGAACAGGACUCGGAUGGAAGAACGGUCGCUGGCAACGGGACAAUAUUGUUUUUUUAUAUGUAAAUGCUUAACAGAUGCGCACAUGUUUCUUGUCAAACUCCCACAUUUUUAGGCACACUAAUGCUGUCACUGACUGUGGAUAUGAACUCAAGAUCUUGCAGGAUCUUGCCACUGUUCCUUAGCCUUUGAACCAGUUCUGCUCCUUUGAAACUACACUUCACUCUUGACUUUUGUUUCUCAUGACAUCAUCUGGCCAUCGCAUCUCUAUUAGUUCAGCAUGGGCUUUAGACAGCCACCUAGAUGUUUGUAACCUCCCGUCACUCACCAGAAGAGAUGAACACAUGCUGUAGAUGCUCGCAAAGCUCUGAAGGAACCUGCCUGUAGACAACCAUAGCAUAGAGAGAUCAUCUUACUUUUUAUUCCAUGUCUGACUGUUCAUUGCGUUCAUGUGUGUUUUAAUGUAGUGCAGUCUCACAUUGUGUUGCUUGGUGUUCUCUGGGUUGAAUCCUGAGCAACAAUCCUGUUAACUGCCUACCCCAAUAUGAUGCAAAUCUGACUCUCUUAUAAUUGACUGAAAAUGAAUUUAGUCAGCCAGUUUAUAAGGAUGCACAGGUUUCAGAAAAAUAAGACAAGCUCCAAGGAGGACAACGGAGGGCUGAGAAGGACUGACGGGAUUGGAGGGAGGAAGACAGAAGGAUGAAUAUUAUAAAUAGUGAGGUCUGUGGACACAUGUCAACCGCUGCAGAAGGACAACUGUUUUGGAAUGGCAGUAUCCUAGUUUACAUCCCCAAACCCUUUCUUGUCAACUUCAGUGUGUUGUGUGACUUGUAAGAGAAAAGAGAUUAAGUUUCUGACUAGCUAUAACUCUCCUUGUCUUUUCCUUCUCUAUCACUCUCCCUUCGUUUCCCUCCCACACUGGGGUUAUGAUAGCCCCCAUCAAAGACUUUGAAGUUGUAUACAUUGCUUCCGGUCACAUUUUCAUUUUAUUUGGGUUUGAUUUAGCAACUAUCAUGAGACAAAACAACCAUGUUUGCUAGUUUUAGAAUUAACUUUUUUUUUCUUUUUUUUUACAAAAAAGCAACAGACAAAAAAAUGGGCAAAUUAAAUUUUGGAUAAGUCUCAAAAAGUGUGGCUAUUUAGAGUAGAAUUCUUUUUUUUAUGUUUGUGUUCUUGUAUUAGUCUUUUGCAAAAACAUGUAGAGUUAAAAACAGAACUUUAUGGUUUGAUGAGUCAUGUGCGAUCAGCAUUUGUUAUUGCAUAUUUGGGUAAUGCAUAAACGGGUAUAUGGAUUAAGAUUUAUUGUUUGCUUCCAAAUUAAGCAAAAUAUCUUAAUGGGAUACCCAGAAAUGAAAACUCUUGUCAUUGUUUACUCGCCCCAUGUUGUUUGGCCCAUGUAUUAUGUUCUAUUCUCCGUGGAAAACAAAAGGAGCUCAUACAUACAAUGAUAUUAGUCC